CUGGCGAGUAGACGGUGAACCCACCUGUAGCGAACCGCUCGUGCUGAGUAACUGAAGGCGCGUGAGCCUUGCCGGUGUUGGUGCGUAGUUGAUGUGUUAAGGAUAACGUCGUCCUAGUGCCCGAAGGCGUCUUGAUUUUUUUGCCGCAGACUUUGAAGCGAAAAUGUGGCCCGUAAAGGUGCUCGUGUUACUAUGUGUCCUGACUGCAGGUCAAGCUUCUGACCCGAACAAGAAACCCCCAGUAACAGUCACCAGAACGGAACUGAAAGUAUCCAGAAGUUUGAACCCUGAGGAGACCCAGACAUUAAACGUUAUGACUAGAGAUGGUAGCGUAGCCCAGCUUAUUGUAAAACGAAGGGAUUCUAAAGCUAGAACACCUUCCCAAAACUACCAAGGCACAUCUACCCCUCCUCAGAGUUAUAAUAGUGUUAGGUAUGGUGAGGAAUUCACUUACCACAACCUGGAUAAUAACAAUUAUGCUAGCCAGAAUCCUAGGGCUGUAUUCACGAACUGGAUACCGUUGUCUCCUACAUAUUAUGAACCUAAGCUGAUAAGGCUGGAUUCGAUUGCAGUGGUCAGAAAUGAUAGUAGCAUCAAACCUAUUUCGAAUAGCUUGGGAAAUGUUAUUGACACUGAUAGGAUUCCUCACGUGGUCCCAAAACCAGUAACAGUUCGUUCGGAUGAAGUGUUCGUGAAGAACGUCAAGGACCAAAAACGAGGACGAUCAGUGAUGCACAUAGAUGACGACGGCAUCCCAGUCAUACACGGAGUCAGAGUACCCGAUGACCCAUCCGACACCAAAACCUGGAGGAACGCUAGAGUGAUAAACGGAAAACUAGUGCCAUACGAGGAGGGUUACAAGCCUCCUCCAGCAGUACCAGUUGGUGAACUGGUGUAUGCAAGUAGAACAGUGAAGACUAAUAAUGAUAAUAGUAAGUCUGUAGGUCCUUUCACAAAGGAAGAUAACUUUAAGAAACCAGAAACAAUACAAAAACCCUUAGGACCUUUUACUGUUAGGGAUAAUAUCGAUGAGGGAAAACCUAACCAAGAAAAACGUGAAGAAGAUAAACGCUUUGUAAAGAUUACCAGUGCAUCAGGGAUUGGUCCAUUUACUAAAGCUGAUAAUUCCAGAGCUGUUGAUACUAAAUUGAUAGAUUACAUCAAAGAAAUAAAUGCUCAAGAAUCUAAAAAAGAUUACUUUAAUAGGAGAAUGUAUAGGUCGUACGAACAACAGGACAACAACCAGCAAUUUCAACGAAGAAUGCUGUACUACCCUGGCGAACAAAAUUAUCCAGACUCUGCCCUUUAUAGUCCGCCAAGUAACAAACUAAGUCCAGUUAAUUUCAAUGAAGGUGUUAGGACACCAGUACUUCAAUACGCACACCCGGAACUAGGUGUUCAACCUGCAAAGGCAACUCCUGAAGAAGACUUAGCAAGGGAUUCUUACAAAGAGAAAAAAUCUCAGCCUUAUGAAGACAAUAAAGACAACAGUGGGAAAAGGUCGCAGUACUACAACAACAUAAACAGCGUCGACUACUACAGGAAGGACGUUAUGAAUUACCCUUACAACACCUACUACAUAAAGAAGACUACACCCGACCAACCAUUCUGGAUGAAAAUCACUGAAAGCAUAAAAGACAACGUACAAAGUGGAUUCGAAAGGAUGCACCAACUAACUCGUCCAGUGUUUGAUCCUAUAAUGGAAGCCACGCAGAAAAUUUCGCACAAUUUAGGUCUCAGUAAAGGCGUGCAGCGAGCACAAGAUAAAGUUGGUCUGAUAACCCCCGCUGGCACUUCCGUCAUACUUCCAGCGUUAGGUCUUGUAGCGGGAGGUGCCGCUCUAGGUCUAGGAGCUGCAGCUGUUGGUAGAUUUUUGAAUCCCGUAGAUAUGAGGUCACUGCAAGGGGUCAAUCCUAAUGAUAUCGUAUUUAUUAUGGAGGAACCUGGCAAAAAUCCUGAAGAGGAGCACAAAAGGUUCAGGAGGAGUAUAGAACAUGAAUAUUACAUGCAAGGGUUGGCAGGUCGGGUUGAGAAAGACGCCAGUUUGAGGAUGUUGACUGCUCCACAAUUCUGGUCAGACACACCUUGUUCCAAGAGGAUAUUUUGUGAGGUCAUGAUACGGCAGAAUCCAGAUGAAGUGCUGUUGAUGGAGAAAAGGAUGGACUCUCUUAUGUCAACGGCACAUCCUGAUGUAGUUAAUAUGGUGUCCCACCACCUUCACGAAGUCAUAGAUGCCGUGAAAAAUGGAGACUGCUUCAAAUUUGUCUGUAAUAAAAACAUACCAAUACCUCCGCCUGCAGCUUAAGGGAAACAAUCCAAGGAUAUCGUCCAAGAGAAUACUAUUAUUGAUGAUGCCAAAUCCAUGACAACUAUAGUUUAGACUAGAUAUAUUGGAUCGUGGACCGUAUUCUAAUAUUGUACAGUAGUUUCAUAUGAAACAAAUCUAUUGUUACCUAACUAACUUUAUUGUACAUAAUUAUUUAAUAUGCUUAGUUCGGACACCAAGAAUCUGUGGAUCAAAUAGUGUAUAUGUAUAAGUAUACAAAUGCUGAGUUGAUCUAGGAAGGAAAUAAUCUAGCAAAGUUCUUAAACAAGUGUAAUGUAAUUCUUUAAAAGAAAAGUUACAAAAUAUUAUUUUUCUCUAUUUAACUCACACUGUUGCUAUAACAUUUUUUAAGAAAAAAAUAUGUUAUAUAUUAAAAUUGUGAUAAAAAAGCUUCAAAUCCACGGAUUUACUGUUUAAAUUAUUAAUUUAAUAUAAGUGAUAUAAACUGUAUAUAGAUAUGUCAUAUUUAUCUACUGCAUUCCUAAUAUUACACAUAAUUCAUGCUCCCAAUUUAUAACAUUGUAAUAAAAUGAGUAGAAUUGCGUGAAACUUAUCCUUUAAACAAUCUUACCAUCUGAUAGUGCGUAAUAAAUUUGUUAAACAUUUAAGUUGAAUAAAAAUUUAAGAGGAA